AUCACGGCGCCUUGUUGGAUAUGUUUCGGCGAGCUUUGCUUAUUCUCGCCGUCCUCGGCGCACUCGUUGCCGUCUUUCUGGCCAGACAGUCGACACAGGAAGACGAACUUCUCAUCAGUGGCCGCAACAAUACAGUCCUCUUCCUUACCGACAGCCACCAUGGGAUGUGCAACGCGCAUCUCGCGACGGUUUCGGCGCUGAUCGAAUACCAUCCGUCUCUCGAGGUGCACUACGCCUCCUUCUCGGGCAUCGCAUCGGACAUUGAGCGCAUCACAGAGAUUGCCAAGGCAAAGAACCCGCAAGCCAAGAUCCACUGGCGCCAGCUCGAUGGGCCGAGCCUCGUGGACGAACUGAACGCCGCAGGGGGUGCGCAAAAGAUUAUAUCUCCGCCGGGCCCGUCCGGGCUCAAGGUGUUUGCCGAAAUGGUUCCCUCUGUCAUGGCAGCGUGGUCCAACGAGGCUCACCUGAGCCUGUACCAUCAGACGGCGGACCUGAUUCGCAAGAUUGAUCCGGCCGUCGUGGUGCUGGAUUCGAUGUUCCGGCCGGCGAUUGAUGCCGCGGUGAAUCUAAACCGGACUCGAGUUUAUAUCACGCCCAAUGCCUUGACGGAACUUUUGGCUGGUGUGCAGCCCAAGGGAGCCAUCUUCUGGAAGUAUCCUGGAACUGCUUCGGGGCUUCCUUUCCCAGUCCCCUGGAAAGAGAUCCCGAGUAACAUCUACCAGCAAGUGUACUUUAUCACCAAGUACCUGACCUCGCCGGUCAUCAGGAACAAGCGCUCCUGGCUUCAGCAGCACGGCAUUCCGCGCGCCGUGAAUCUCUUUGAGAUGUUCCGGCAGGACGUGCCGUGGAUCACCAUGAGCUAUCCCGAGGCUGGCUACCCAAUCGAAGUGAUCCCGGACAACUUUCACAUCGCUGGUCCGCUGGUGUUGGAUGUUGCUCCGGCCGAGACGCAGAGUGCCGAGCUGGCCGCCUGGAUCAAACAGGCGCCCACGAUUCUCGUCAAUCUGGGGAGUGGGUUCCAAUACGACGAGUCGAGAGCUGUUGUCAUGGCCGAAGCCAUUGCCCGUGUUCUUGAUGCCUCGGAUGCUCAGGUUCUGUGGAAGAUGCGGAAGUUGGGUGAGUACGGCGACGCCUUUCGGGAGCCGCUGAGCAAGUAUGUCGAGGCUGGGAGGCUACGGCUGGAGUCGUGGCUCGACGUAGAUCCGACGUCUUUGUUCAAGACGGGACAUAUCGCGGUGUCGGUGCAUCAUGGAGGUGCCAACUGCUUCUACGAGGCAAUCAUCGCUGGCAUCCCGAGCGUCGUUCUCCCGCUCUGGGCAGACCUCUACAACUACGCACAGACGGCCGAGUAUCUGGGCGUGGGCAUCUGGCCCAACAAGACGCUGGCGCCGGACUGGGACGCGGCGGGCCUGGCCGAGGCAUUCCUGGAGGUGCUGAGCGGCAACCGGAGCGUGACCAUGCGGGAGAAUGCCAAGGCUCUUGCGCGUAGGGGCGAGCAAUAUGGGGGCCGGAAGCUGGCUGCUGAACUGAUUGCUGAGAUGGCAGCAAAAGGGCGAUGA